AUGACGUCAUUAGAAAAAAUAAACAACAUAGAUGAAGACUGUUCGGAUUUUGACGAACAAAAACUUUUCGAAACUUUGCAUGAAGACAACAUGCAAAGAGACGAUAAAGUAUUGCACCUAACAGACGAAUUAGAGUCCUCAGACAGCGAUAACGAAGAGAAGAAUAUUAUAAAUAAGCAUCGAGGACAAAAGAGAAGGAGAUUAUUAUUGAAUUCUGAAAGUGAGAGUAAUUUCCCGUUAUUCUCAAGCUGAUAAAACCAUUCACAAUGGUGCGGAAAAAACAGACAAUUUUUUUACGAGUGUUUCACUGGCCACAAAACUACUUGCAAGAAGGACUACUACUGUUGGAACCAUCCGUGGAAAUAAAAGAGAAUUGCCUAAAAUUUCCGCCAAACAGCGGAAAGACAAUAUGACACUGUAUAAAAACAAACCAAAUAAAAAAGUACUUCUACUAAGUUACAUGCAUAACUCAAUAGAAAUGAUUAGAUUUUAUAAUAGUACAAAAUUUAAUGUAGACAUGACGGACCACUUGGCAAGAAAAUACAGCUUAGCGCUAUAGAACUUGGCGCUGCGUAUCAAGAAUCGCGAGAAAAAGAAAAUGUAUCAAAACCGUCACAACAAAUACAAGUUCAGAUUCUCACGUACGAAAAACUUGUCAAGUAAGAUAUUGUAAAGAUUACAAAACUACGAAAAUCUGUUUGAGGUGCAAAAAAUAUGUAUGCGGCAGACGUACAUUUGAGAACAAAAUAAUUUGUAAAAAAUGCAGUGUAUAUAUUAUGUAUAUGAAUGAAAGAAACUAUGUAACUACCGUUCAUUUUUAAUUCUCUUUUCAAAUUUAUAAUUGAAAUUAUAUAAAAACAAAUUUGUAUCACAGAAAAGUUGUUUGUUUAUUUAUUCAUUCGGUAACAAAUUGACUAUUAUCUACGUUUAAUUAUAAAAACAAUAACUUUUUUUUAAGGGGUACCGGGUACAUUUUGACCGAGUACGGUAGGUUUAGUAUUAAUCUCAAUAAUUAA